CAGACUAAAAUGUUGUACCCCGCGUGUUUAUAGAUGUUACUGGUGAUGACCGCUGCAGCGGUGAUGACGAUAUCGCUACCGAUGGCGCUGCCGGUGACCGGGAUCGGGCUGCCGGUUUCCCGGUUGACGUACAUCGUGAGCGGGGCUCACCUGGAGUGGACAAGGCCCGGCGAUCGGUUGCGGGCCACCGAGUCGGGCGAGUACGUGGCCCGCAACGUGGCGCCCGCCCGGAUGGCGAUGAGACACGACGGCGUCAUCUACCUGGCCAUGCCCAGGCUCAGGCGAGGAGUGCCGUUCACGCUCGGCGCCGUCGAGUACGACACUUGCGCUAGCACCAUCGAGCCUCCCGUGUCGCCGUACCCGUGCGCGGCCGCCCACUGGAACGCCGCGAGGUCCGGCCCUGGUACCGGUAACUGGACCAUGGUCAACGUGGUGGACGUGCACUUGGACGAUGGCGGCGUGCUGUGGGCGCUGGACAUCGGUAAGGUGAACCUGCUCGAAGACGGAGGGGCCGUCGUCGUCCGGCCGCCGAUGGUGUUCGCAUUCGACACGGACACCAAUGAAAUAAUGCGAGCGAUCGACUUGUCGCGCGCGACCACGGAGGCCAGCUGCCUGCAAUCGAUCGUGGUCGACCACAGCACGACCGCGGGCCAGUUCGUGUACGUGUCGGACGCCGGCCUGGGCAACGUGAUCGUGUACAGCGUGGCCUGCGACAGUUCGUUCAAGGUGCACGUGCCGGUUGGAUCGUGUGGCCGGCGGGACGUCAUGUACAUGGCACCGGUCCAGGCCGACGUGUUGGACAUGGCCGCUGGCCGCGGCACGGCCCGCUACCGACGGCUCUACGUCACGUACCUAUCGUCGUGCGACAUGAUAUACAUACCCGUGCAGGUCGUCGACGAGACAACAGUCGGUCUGCCGACCGUCAACGUGGGUCGGAAGCCGUGCAAGAUGAUCGUGCUGGGCACCGACCGUGGGUCCGUCAUCUACUUCCGGUCCGGCAGCGACACCGCCGAAAUUCUCAGCUGGGACGUCAACAAGCUGUUCCGGCACGAAAACUUUAGGUCCGUGCAGCGCUGUCGAAAGUCCAGGAUACCUUUAAUGGUGACCUUGGGUUUUCUCGGUUACCAGUGGUCAAUGGAGAGCAAUUACGUCGACUUCCUGGUCGGCGACGUCGGGUGUCUGGGCGUCAGCACUAGAAUCGAACGGCUGCAGAUUCGCGACGAAUACCCCGACGACCCGUGUUCGAACACGGUGCCGACGCGAUGCGGCCGAGGCCCGACGGCGGUGGCGACGGAAACGGUCAGGAUAAACAUGAGAGGGAAGAGUGAGACGAUUGGCGUCGACGACACACCCGCCGCGACAAUAGCCGUCGUGCAGGCACCGUAGACACUCGGAUGCAGACGCCGCUGCGCCUUCGGGACCGCCGAUCAUGGCCGCGUCGGAGACAAUACGAUAUUUCUCCGACAUUUUUUUGACCGGAAAAGCAUACAAAUAAAAUAGCAUAUUAUGAUAUUAUUGUUGUACAGAGUGCAAGCGUUUCCGGAUAUGAUUCUUCGUAUUCCGAGAAUUUCUUAGCGUACCCAAUAAAUAUCGUAUAAUAUCCAACGGUAUUCGUUGACUAUGUUAUCGCCGCUGUAGUCUUGUACCGCAUUUAUUGUGCUACACGCCACUCGUUAAUUAUUGUUUGUUUUUUUUU